UAUAUAAUAGGACUCAUCACCAUUUCUUCUUGCAAGCUCGUUCAAUCGCGAUAAGUUAUACUUUGAUUACCUAACAAACUUCCAAUUCUCUCUGUUCUUUGUUGUUCAUCGUCCAAAAUGUCUUGCUGUGGCGGAAACUGUGGAUGCGGCUCUGGCUGCAAGUGCGGAAAUGGCUGUGGAGGAUGCAAGAGUUUCCCUGACUUGAGCUUCUCAGAGACCUCUGCUACGAUCGAGACUUUCGUAGUCGGUUUCGCUCCUCAGAAGAUGUCCUACGAGGUAGCAGAGAUGGGAGCCGAGAACGGCUGCAAGUGCGGUGACAACUGCACCUGCGAUCCAUGCACCUGUAAAUGAGCAGCAGCAGCAUCAAGAGCAGCUCGAACCGUCUCAGGUGGAGAUUAUGUUCGAGUACUAAUAGUAUGCAUCCAUCUUAAUAACAAUUAUAAAAUCUCCAAGCGCUUUCGUUCUCCGUUGUGUUGCGUCUUUUUAAGUGUCGAUUGUAGCGUUCCUUUUGAAUAAUAGCAGUCAUGGAGUUGUGGAAAAACUUUAUAUGCUGUUGUUAUAAAGGUUCAGUCAGUGAUCUUUUUAGCUGAAGAUUCCUGUGUUCAUCCAUGUCUGUUUAGUAUUUGCUUCUCUCUCUGUAAGAAAUUUAAGAAAUAGUACGUGCUAAUUUGAGAGAUUACAGAGUUUCUUUCAUCA